GUAUCGCGUAAUACGGCGGCCAAGAUGAGCGGCUCGGCUGCUCUCAUCUGUCUUCUUUUAAUCUCCUGGAGCCAACAUGUGUCUGCCAAGGGCGAAAUUCGGAAAUUUCCGGCAGGCUUCCAAUUUGGGGCUGCUACAGCGGCCUACCAAGUCGAAGGCGCUUGGGAUGAAGACGGCAAAGGCGUAUCAAUAUGGGAUGUAGCGACACACAUGGAUCCAUCCCCUAUUGAAGAUCAAAGCACUGGAGACAUCGCCGCUGAUUCCUACCACCACUACAAUCGAGACGUCGAAAUGGCUAAAGAACUUGGAUUAGAUUUCUACCGAUUCUCCAUAUCCUGGACUAGAAUUCUACCCAACGGAUUCCCAUCCAAAAUCAACCAACAUGGCAUCAAUUACUAUAACAACAUUAUCAAUAAAUUGCUUGAGAAUGGCAUAGAACCUUUAGUGACCAUGUACCAUUGGGAUCUUCCUGAAAACUUGCAACAGCUUGGUGGAUGGACGAACCCCCUUAUUGUGACUUGGUUUCACGAUUACGCGAAAGUUCUUUUUAGUAAGUUCGGAGACAGGGUCAAAAGGUGGAUAACUAUUAACGAACCUAAGCAGAUUUGCUACGAAGGGUACGGCAGCGAUGGCAAAGCGCCAUUUCUGAACGCUACUGGAGUUGGGGAGUAUAUCUGCUCGAAGAAUGUAUUGUUAGCGCAUGCGAAAGUGUAUCAUUUGUAUGACGAUACGUACAGAAAGUUGCAGAAUGGCACCAUUGGUAUUUCUAUAAGCUGCACGUGGUAUGAGCCGAAUACGGAUACUUUGGAUGAUGAUCAGGCAGCGUUUGAUGCUAGGCAGUUCGACUGGGGCCAAUACGCGCACCCAAUCUUCUCAAAAGACGGCGACUAUCCGCAAGAGCUCAAGCACAACGUGGCCUACAAGAGCGCCGAGCAGGGCUUCGCACGGUCCCGCCUUCCGGAGCUCUCGACCAAAGAGGUGGCCUACAUUCGCGGCUCUUCGGACUUCUUCGGGGUUAAUUCAUACACGACCAAGAUGGCGUAUAGAGACGCGUCACUUGACGGCAUGUAUGCCUCACCGUCUUAUAUGGAUGACAUGGGCGUGGCGCUUGUGAAGGAUCAGUCGUGGACGCAAGCGCAGUCUAGUUGGUUACAGGUUUUGCCAUGCUCGCAGCAGCUCGCGGGCCAUCCUGACGACGAGCGCGCGCGGGCGAGCCCUUGCCACCCUAGAGGCCCCUGCAGCAUCACCCGGCGAACUCCCAGCCUCGGCAGCGGCCGGCGGCUGACGUUGCGCACUCACACGCUCGGAAAAAACUAUGUCGCGCUCCUCAAGGCAGACUCCGAGUUUGCGAGCAACCAAGCACACAAGAUGGUUCCCUGGGGCUUCUAUAAAUUGCUUAUCGACAUAAAAAACCAAUACGACAACCCAACAGUGGUGAUAACUGAAAACGGCUGGUCGACGGGCCGUGGGCUACUGGACGAUACAAGAAUACAGUACCACAGGAGUUACCUCAACAUGCUUCUGGACGCCAUAGACGAAGGUUGUGACAUACAGGGAUAUACUGCUUGGAGCCUUAUGGAUAACUUUGAAUGGAAACAUGGAUACAAAGAAAAAUUCGGCUUGUACGAGGUAGACUUCCAGAGCAACGACCGCACCAGGACCCCUCGGAAGUCUGCCUUCAUCUACAAGGAGAUCAUCAAGGCGCGGUCCCUGGACCCCAACUACGAGCCCGACAAGCUGCCGGAGAUAGCGCCGCUCACCACCAGCCAGGAGACAUGACCUAAAUAAAUAGUACCCGAUUUUAAAGCUUGUUAAAAUUGUGAUUAAGAUCAAAGAACAUUUUAAAUAGAGGUAGAUUGUCAACGAAAACUUUGUAGCCACAGUAAAUUUACUGGCAUCUUUCGACUCAUGAUUAAAACUUUCAGAACGGCAUUUGACUUUGAUCCUUAUUAUUUCACUGAUAUGUCUUAAAUCCGCAAAGCGCCAUCUUACGGGCCAUCGGCUAAAGGUUGUGGCGCCAUCAUCGCUCGAAUCGAUGCCGUCAUACCUCUGUCAUAUUUAACUAAUUGAACACAUAUCAGUGAAAGAAUAAGGAUCAAAGUCAAAUGGCAUUCUAAAAGUUUUAAUCAUGUGUCGAAAGAUGGCAGAAAAUUUACUGUGGCUACAAAGUUUUCUUUGACAAGCCAUGUUUAUUUCAAAUUCUCUUUGGUUAUGACAAAAUAAAUUGUGAAAGUUUAAA